UGUCGUGUGAGUCCGCGAGCUGGCACUGUGGCAGUGCAGAGGCCAUCGGCAUUGCCAACAUCAGCUGUUUUCUUUUUCUGCUGCGUUCUUGCUCGCCGUCAGCAGGAAGAAGAAGGUUGCGUCAUUUCUCUGCAACUCCAGCUCAAAUAAAAGUGCGUGGCACACAGUCGCUCAGAACAGACCAAAUUUGAACCAUGUCGCGUCCCGGAAUGGGUGGCCGUGGGUCGGGCGAUGAGCCCAAGAGCCUGUACCGGAUUCCCCCCUACUAUUACCUCCACGUUCUCGACCAGAACACGAACGUGACCCGCGUGGAGCUCGGUCCCAGCACCUUCAUCCGCCAGGACAAUGAGAAGGUGGUAUUCGGCCCGGAGAAGAUGGUCACAGUGCCUCCGCGGCACUACUGCAUCGUCGAGAAUCCCGUUCUGCGUGAUGCCGACAAUGCGUUGGUGACGGACAAGAGCGGGCAAAUCAAGCUGCGGCAUGCCGAUCAAGACAUCCGCCAGGCGCAAGACCCGUUCCCGCUGUACCCCGGCGAAGUGCUGAAGGUGCCGGUCAAGCCGCUCACCGUGGUCAAGGCCAACUCUGCGCUGAGAAUUCGCGCUAUCCUGGAUUUCACCACCGACGAUGAUGUUCGUCGUGUAGCGGGUGACGAGUGGCUGUUCGAGGGACCAGGUACGUACAUCCCACGCAAGGAGGAAGAGGUUGCAGAGACCAUCCUUGCCUCCGUCAUCCUGCCCAACCAGGCACUGAAAUUGCGCGCACGCAAGGAAACUAAGGACCGCGAGGGCACAGAGCGUGUGACCGGUGAGGAAUGGCUGGUCAAGAAGGUCGGUGCCUACUUGCCCGGUGCCUACGAGGAAGUCGUCGACGUCUGCAACGCUCACGUUCUCACCGAGAAGAAGGCACUGCACAUGCGUGCCAAGCGUACCUUCACCGACGACAAGGGAGUGACGCAUCGCAACGGCGAGGAAUGGCUAAUCAAGUUCAGUGACACAGAGACACACAUCCCAGGUGUGUACGAGGAGGUUGUGCGCGUGAUUGAUAUCCAGACGCUGAACAACCGCCAGUACUGUGUCAUCGAGGACCCGGCCGAUGAGGAUGGCAAGCCGCAGCUUGGGCAGCGCAAGCUGGUCAAGGGUGAGAAAUCAUUCUUCCUGCUGCCCGGUGAGAAGCUUCAACGUGGUAUCCAGGACGUGUUUAUCUUGGGUGAGGAUGAAGGUCUCAUUCUGCGUGCCACCGAAGGAUUCACGGAUGCCAUUGAGAGCACACAGCGUCGCCCUGGUGAUCGCUGGAUGAUCCGUGGCCCAUGCGAGUAUGUGCCACCGGUGGAGGUGGAGGUGACGGCGCGCCGCAAGGCUAUCCCUCUGGAUGAGAACGAGGGUAUCUACGUCCGCGAUGUCAAGACCGGAAAGGUACGUGCCAUCAUCGGAAAGACAUACAUGCUGACACACGACGAGGAGCUGUGGCAGAAGGAGCUUCCUCCGGCCGUCGAGACAUUGCUUGCAUCCGGUCGUGACCCGUUGGCCGAUCGCAGCGAUCGCAGCAAGUCAACAGCGGAUUCCAAGCGUGACAAGACGAAGGUGAUCACGUAUCGUGUGCCUCAUAACGCUGCCGUACAGAUUUAUGACUACAAGCAGAAGAAGGCCAGGGUUGUGUUUGGACCAGAGUUGGUCAUGUUGGACCCUGACGAGCAGUUCACACAGCUCAGCCUCUCCGGCGGCAAGCCCAAGCGUCCAAACGUGAUCAAGUCACUGUGCCUGCUGCUUGGACCGGACUUCUGCACCGACAUCAUCACAAUUGAGACGUCGGAUCACGCCCGUCUUCAGCUGCAGCUCAGCUACAACUGGCACUUCGAGGUGGACACGAGCAGCAAAGAGCAGGCCGCCAAGCUCUUCUCCGUACCAGACUUUGUCGGCGACGCUUGCAAGGCCAUUGCGUCGCGCGUCCGUGGUGCCGUUGCCGGUGUGCAGUUUGAUGACUUCCACAAGAACUCCGCGCGCAUCAUCCGUGCGUCCGUCUUCGGCAUUGAUGAGAACAAGAAGGUACGCGAUCGCUUCACGUUCCCGUCCAACAACCUCGUCAUCACCAGUAUCGAUAUCCAGUCGGUGGAACCAGUUGAUCAGCGUACGCGUGACUCGCUGCAGAAGUCCGUUCAGCUCGCCAUUGAGAUCACCACCAACUCGCAGGAAGCUUCAGCAAGACACGAUGCUGAGCGCCUGGAGCAGGAGGCCAAGGGACGUCUCGAGCGCCAGAAGAUCACGGACGAAGCGGAGGCUGAGCGCUCUCGCCGAGACCUGCUCUCCCUUCAGGCCGAGAGUGCUGCCGUGGAGAGCACUGGACAGGCCAAGGCUGAGGCACACUCGCGCGCCGAGGCUGCGCGUAUCGAGGGAGAGGCUGCAGUCGAACAGGCGCGCCUCAAGGCAGAGGCCAGCAGGAUUGAAGCCGAAUCCGAGCUGGAACGCCUUGGCAAGGCCCGUGAGGCCGAGCUCAAGUACCUGCGAGAGCAGAACGACUUGGAGGUGACCAAGGAGCGCGAGAUUGCCGGCAUCGAGACCAAGAAGUUCCAGGAACAGGUGGGCGCCAUCGGCAAGGACACGAUCCGCUCGAUCGCUGUGUCCGGCCCCGAGACACAGGUCAAACUGCUGCAGUCUCUGGGCUUGCAGACGACUCUGAUCACAGACGGAAACAGCCCCAUCAACCUGUUCAACACGGCGCAGGGCCUGGUCGGAGGAAACGUUCUCAAGAGAAAGCACAUGGAGGGCGGUGCUGAGGAAGAGUAGGCACGUAAUAGUAGUAGUUGCCAUGCCGCUGGUUGUUGUUGUCUUUAGGCUACUAUUUGUGAAUGUAUGGGCUCUCGAGAUGGCCAUGUCCAUUCACCGUCCGUCCAUCGUCCAUUCUCAGGACUGAUUACCUCCCGUCCUUGCUCACUUUCUCUUUCUUCUCCGUUCGUCCAUCGUCCACUCUUAUGGUUGAUUACCCUCUCUCCUUCCUCACUUUCUCCUUGGUGAUAGUGACAGUGUCGCCGUGUAAUGUUCGGCACACGUCCUUUCAUUCCCGUCUCUAGCUAAGCGCCGUGUGUGUGUGCGUGUAUGCAUGCACUUUUUUACUCAGUCCCUGAUGAAAUUAGAGAUAGCGAAAGCAAUAUCCUUUGCGCCACCGCCGCAGCUCAGUAUUUUUUGGAUAUUUUCUUCUUCUUCUUCUUGACAUUUCCUUUACCCUUGCGCGCUCUUUCUGCGAGUUCUGCGCCAGUUUCCGUGUUAGCAAAUUCAUGAAAAUAGCCUUUUUCGGAUACAUUACAGGUUGAGGAAGUUUUAAAAACUUUAAAGAAAUGGACAAUCAUGCCGUUGCGUGCUUGACAUUCACCCCGCCUUCCUCUCCUCUGAUAUCUACUAGUUGUUUUUGAAAUGAAAGCUUACCAGACUCGA